AUGUCAGAGAGUGUGGUGAGAUUUCUACUGCAGAAGUUUUCGUCCUUGUUGGAAGAUGAGGUGAAGCUCUUGAGCGGGGUCCGAGAUGAAGUUGUUUUCGUGAAAAAUGAGUUGGAUCGCAUAAGAGCCUUCUUGCGAUCUGCUGAUGCUAAGGAAGAUCAAGAUGAAGAAAUCAAAGUGUGGGUUAAGCAAGUUAGAGAGGUCGCUUACGAUGCAGAAGACAUCAUCGAUGAUUUCUUGUAUAGAUUUGAGCAUACCAAGCGACAUGGAUUCUAUGGUUAUUUGUCUAAGAUGGCUCGCGGAAUCAAGAACUUGAAAGCUCGCCGUCGAAUUGCCUCCCUAUUGCAGAGAAUCAAACGCAGAGUUACUGAUAUUUCUGAGGGGCGCCAGAGAUAUGAUUACAAACUGAGUAGUACGGAGAUCGGCUCGAGUUCGGGAACUAAACCUUGCUACUAUUCUGAGAUUAGAAGCGACGCACGGUUGCUGGAAGAAGCUCAACUAGUGGGCAUUGAACCAAAGAAGCAAGCUCUUUUGAGUUUUCUUGUAAAGGAUACCUCUCAACUACAAGCAGCUGCAGUGCAUGGAAUGGGAGGGCUGGGCAAAACCGCUCUGGUGAGUAAAGUUUAUAAUCAUUCACGAGUAAAGAAUCAUUUUCAUCAAAUCCAAGCUUGGGUCACUGUUUCACAAUCAUUCAAGCUACAUGAAGUUCUGAGACAAAUUAUCCAGCAAUUUUUCAAAGCUAUGAAGCUGCCACUUCCUGAUGAAGUUGAGAAGUCCACAGACCCCCACUUCCUAAAGACAACCAUUGUUCAUUUUCUUAGUGACAAAAGAUAUUUGGUUGUAUUGGAUGACAUAUGGGAUGUGGAUGCAUGGGAAGCAAUGAAAAUUGCAUUUCGGAACAACAACAAUGGUAGCCGAGUAAUGAUCACAACUCGUAUUGCAGAUGUGGCCUCUUCCUCUACCAAAGAUGUUGGAGGUGAGAUCAUAACCUUAGAUCCUUUAUCUUCUGAAGAUUCUUGGACUCUAUUUUGUGCUAAAGCCUUUCAAGGUAAGGCAUGUCCUUCUCAUUUGAAGGAAAUUUCAAGAGAAAUCCUAAGAAGAUGUGAGGGAUUGCCUCUUGCCAUUGUUGCAAUAGGAAGUAUGUUGGCCACAAAAGACACCAGCAGGGUAGAUGAAUGGGAGAUUGUUGAUCGUUCUUUGCGGGUUGAAUUACAAGGCAAUACAAGACUGAAAAGCAUGCAAGCCAUCCUUUCACUUAGUUUCAAUGAUUUGCCUUACCACUUGAAGCAUUGCUUCAUGUAUCUAAGUUUAUUCCCUGAGGAUUACUCGAUUAAACGCCAUGUUCUGAUUCGAUUGUGGAUUGCUGAAGGUUUCAUAGAAGAAAUUGAAGGAAGAACAUUAGAAGAAGUGGCAAAUGGUUGUUUCAACGAACUUCUUAACAGAAGCUUGGUCCAAGUGAAUAAAAGAUAUAGUGAUAGAAGAAUCAGAAGUUGUCGAGUGCACGAUAUUUUAAGGGAAACUAUGCUUCUAAAAUCGAAAGAUCAAGGCUUUGCAGCAAUAACUAAUAAAGAGAGCAGUAAAAGACUUCCAGAAAGAGUUCGACGACUGUCUGUGCAUGAAGGAACAAAUAUAGAUGCAUCUGGGGACAAACAACUAUCUCAACUGCGCUCUUUGCUCUUAUUCACCGAAGAAAAAGAUGUCUGGAAUAAUUUCAUGUUUUCUUUUUCUGACCAGGGGUCAAGACUUGUCAAGGUGUUGGGUUGUAGAUUUGCACCUACGACUACAUUUCCAGAGAGUAUCACAAAGCUAUACCAUUUGCGAUACCUAUGUUUAAGAGAUACAUCUGUAAGUUCAGUUCCACCCUCUAUUGCGAAUCUUCGACACCUUGAAACGUUGGACCUCAAAAAUACUCUUGUACGAGAGCUGCCUAGUGAGAUUUUACGAUUACAGUUUUUGCGACAUUUAAUAGUUUAUGACUAUAAACAUUGUUCAAUGACGCCAGGUUUUAAGGCUUUAAAAGGAAUGGAAUCCCUUUCAUCUUUGAGAAAACUCUGUAAUGUUGAGGCAAAACAGGGUGAAACUGAGCCAAUGGUAUCCGUAGGAAGGCUAACACAAUUGACGAAGUUAGGCAUCCUACAGCUUGGAGUUGAGCAUGGAGAUGCACUAUUCUCUUCAAUUCAUGAAUUAAAGCUCCUUCGUUCAUUAAGGUUGGCUUCAAGAACAGAGGAUGAAGCCCUUAGUUUCCAAUUUAAAUCCUUCUCAUCUCUUCGAUUGCUCCAGAGAUUAUAUAUAACAGGUCCUGUGGAGAAGUCACUAGAAGGACUACAAAACCUUACAAACUUGUCUAGAUUACGUUUGGUUGGUAGUAGGUUGCAGGUAGAUCCGCUAGAGUCAUUACAAGAUUUGCCCAAUCUAGUAUUACUCUGCUUUUAUAAAGGAGCUUAUGAUGGGGAGUCACUAUGUUUUAAAGCUGGGAGUUUCUUAAUGCUCAGAUAUCUCCGUAUUUCAGAAUUGGAGAACUUAAGAAGGGUGACAGUGGAAGACAAAGCAUUGUCUCAUCUCGGACGUAUGGUUUUGAACGAUUGCAAAUUACUGAAGGAAAUACCAUCAGGAAUUGAACGCCUAAGAAACCUCCAACAACUUCAAUUGGUAAAUAUGGCUGCAGAAUUGACAACAACUGUAUAUCGUGGAAGUCAACAUGAUAACUACUCAAAAGUAAUGCACAUUCCACAUGUUUUCAUCGGGCGGUGGAGUCUUAAAAGCGGAGCUGUUGGUGAUUGGCUUUAGAGAUGUAUUAAAGAUGUGAGUUCGUAAUGAGAAGUGGACAAGGAUCAAAACAGACAACCUCUGUUGGGGCAUAAUCAAGUUGUUGAUUGAGCUUAUAAUGAUUGGGAGGCAUAAGUCUUUUGAUGAUGAUGAUGAUGAUAAAGGAAUUGAUUAAGAGUUUGACAUGUUGUUGAGGGAAGUUCUGUGUUUGGGGUCGAUUUUGAGAUAUCCAAAUUUGUCUUUCUUGAGACUCACCUUACAGGAUGUGCUCAAAGUUGUUUAGAAUGGUGUUGAGGAGUACAAGAAGGAAGUGGAUAAGAUUGGAAGACACUUUUGGUAUCUGAAGUUUCAAGAGAUUCUGUAAUGUCAAAUAUCAUGUGUAGACAUUUGUUGUAAUAAACUCUUUUGAGUUCUGAUAUUCCUUGAGUUUUAUGCUUUGGUUUAGUUUUUAAAGUUACUUGACACUACCCAGAUGGAUUUUUUAGUUGUUUCAUUCUAAUUGGUUCAAUAUAGACUACUGAGCUUUUUGUUUUGUUUUAUUUUCUGUUCUGCUUUUUCUUUCUUACCAUUUGUUCUAGAUUCAGAGAACAUAUAACAUUCUCAUGACACAACAUAGAAUUUUCAGAUUUCUUUAUAUUUGUUUGCUGCUUUCUCAGAAAUGGCUCUCUGUUUGUGCUAUCUAAUUUAGAUAUUGCUAAGUCAAAUUUACUAACAAUGACAUGCUAUGCAAAAUGUCUUUGGAUUUGGAUUGCAUAGAAUGCUCACAUAUUAAAGUCAUAGCUGA